AUGACGCCGUUUGAAAUAACAAGUGAUGCUGGAUAUCCGUUGGAGCCUUGGCUGUUAACACCUCUGGCCAAUUUUCCUGAAGAUACGCGACAACAUCAAUAUACACAACAACUAUGUAAGGCAAGAAGCGUCGUCGAGCGGUUUUCUGGAGUUUUUAAAUCUGUAUGGAGAUGCUUGUCAUACCAGCGAGUCUUGAUGUAUGAACCAGCGUUCGCAGCGAAAAUUGUUAAUGCGUGUGCAGUACUGCACAACAUGAAAGUGCAACUACGAUUAAACAAUGAAGAUGACGAACAACUAGCUCCGAUAGCUCAUCCUGUAGAGAAUGAUGUUGAUCCGAUGGAUCAAGAUGAAGAAUACAACAGACGAGGACCACGCGCUUUGGCUCAACGAAUUCAACAACAAAUUAUGAGAGAAAGAUUUCCCAACUUCCGUGAUGCGGAAGAAUAG